AUGAGAGGGGUUUAUGCGCUAUAUAACAAGAACUCUGCGAGCAGAUACACAGAGAAUGAGCUAGGGUGCAUUGAUGAGGAUGGUAAGAUGACGGUGAUGCCCGUCAGCAUUAAUACUCUGAACACCACGACAGGAAAAUGCUGGUCUGCUACUACCCAUCAGGAGAACGCGAAUACAAACACCCCGCAAGAGAACAGCACGGAAGCCACCAGGCACCUGGGAAGCAGGGAGAGCGACUGUCUGUCACACACCGACCACGGCUGGGCCUGGAUCGUGCUAGUUGGCUCCUGCAUCAAUGCGUUUGUUCUAGGCAACGCCGGAUCGUGUUUCUCUGUGCUCAUUGUAGAGUUUGUGUCGGUGUUCACGGAGAAGAAAAGUGAGAUUGCCCUUGUAGGCUCACUACAAUAUGGAGUCACAUUGAUCUCAGGGUCUGUGUUCAGCAGACUGUGUGAGGAGAGUAGCUAUCGGUUGGUGAUCAUGGCGGGAGGGGCGUUUGCUACAUGUGGUAUGACCCUCAGCUAUGUCAGUAACAACCUCACUGCACUAAUCGGUGCCUAUGGCGUGUUGACAGGUGGCAUGUAUCUCCAAACCGUCGCAGCUAGCGCCCUCUUGCGAGACAUACCAAAAACAGCUAAAGAAGCACUGAAGAAACUCAGAAGUAAAGGCUGGUUUAUGAUGCCCGCUACCGACAUGAUGAAAUUCGGACUUCACUGUUGGAGUAACCUCGCGUAUGGAUUCGGUAUGAGCAUUGUGAUGACGUUCUGUGUGUUGUACGGCACCAGACAGGGCAUGAGUCUCGCAUUAGCUGCACUGAUGCUGACCAUGCUAAACAUCAGCAAUGUACUGAGUCGCCUCCUGGUGGCAGCCGUAGGGGACAGGCGAUGGUUCCCGCGGCAGCUUGUCUUCGGCGCCGCGACCCUGGCAGGUGGAAUCAUCAGCCUCAUGUUUCUGCUCGCGGGGGAACUGUGGGUGUUCGCGCUUUGCUGUGUGAUGUACGGAACUAGCUACGGCGCAAAACUGAGCAUUCAAGCAUCCAUUUUAGUUGACCUCUUCGGCAUACAUAAUAUACCCAUGGUGGAGUCCGUCUACUAUCUCUUCAAUGGCGUAGGAGGACUUAUUGGACCGAUGGUAGCAGAUUUCCUGCUCUUCUGCUUUGCAUAG